CCUCGGUUCGUUUCUUCGAAUACCGCUAAGAUAUACCUUCGAGAGGAUAUUUUUCAUAGAAUUCCGAGGAUAGCGUCGUUGCGGUAAUUCCUGGUUGCCGCUAUUUCCAAAAUUUUAUUGCUAAUUCAAUACAUAUUUAGAAAGUUUGAACAAUGGACGGAGCACCAGGUGGUAGAGGUGGAUUUCGAGGUCGUGGAGGACCUGGAGGAUUAAUGAGAGGACGUGGUGGUUUUGGAGACAGAGGAAGGGUUGGCCCACCACGAGGUGGUAAUAUGAUGCGCGGUGGUCGAGGCAGUGGACCUGGUGGAGGCAUGAGAGGUCCACCGAUGAGAGGCAGAGGUGGUCCCCCUAGAGGUGGACGUGGUGGACACUUUCCUCCAGGACCACCUGAACCAGGAAUGUCCAGUGGAGGUGGACCACCACCCCUAGGAAUGGGUGGUCCUCCACGAGGUGGUGGCGGAAGAGGUGGUGGAAAUAAUAACUUCCGUAGCAGAGGCAGAGGAGACUUUGGUAGAGGAGAUAAUCGCGGUAGCAAUAAUUUCCGUGGACGUGGCGGCAUGGAUAGAAUGAGAGGAGGAGCCAGAGGAGGUUCGAGUAGAGGUGGACCAAGUCGUGGUGGCUUUUCUGAUCGUGGUAGAGGAAUUGGUGGUGGACGCGGUGGUCCAACGAAACGAGGAGGAGGUCCGCCCAAUUCCAGUGGACCUCUUAAAAGGCCACGUUUUGAUCAACCAUCUUCACAAUCUUCUAAUGGCUAUGCUACUCAACCAUCCAGUCAAGGUGGUUACGGAGGUUCAAGUAAUGCUUAUGGUGGUCAGCAACAAUCACAGCAGCAGCAAUCGGUAGGAUAUGGCGGCGGCGGUGGAGGUGGCGGUGGUUAUGGAUCGCAACAAGGAUAUACGCAAUCUUAUCAGGGAUACGAAAGUUACCAGCAACAAGAUUACGCUCAAACAAGUGGCUAUCCAUCCGCACCGCCAGACAAUAGAUACGGCGGAUCGUCUUCAGUUCCAGUUGCAGGAGGCUUCAACACUAACGAUCCCUAUAGUUAUGGCAAAGCUCCGCCUAGUUCAGCCAAUUACCAGCAGGAGGCAGUGCCAGCAGCGGGGCCGGGGGGCGGGGGUUAUGCCCCUUCUAACCCCUAUGACGACCGAUCUAAUGCCAACAUAAUCAACCGGGGUGGUUAUUCGACGCAACCUUACGAUUAUCCAAGUCAGGAUGGUGUUUAUGGGAAACAGGAUUAUGGUGGCAGUGCUGGUUACCAAAACACCCAGUCUCAGCGACGUUAUUAAAGUUAUCCGACACUUAUUAAUCAAUCCCAGCUCAUUAAUUCUGUAUCUAAGUAGAUAACAUUUUCUCCCACAUAGUAGACAAAAGGGAAAGAAAGAAAGAAAGGACAUAAAAGAUCGAACUUUUUCCGGCGCAUGAAAAAGUGACAGUUUAAAAAAGAAAAAAAAACAAUUAUUUCCUCUCUUUUCAAACAACCUGAAAGUAAAGUGAUGCGGAUGUUUUUACAGAAAAGCUGAUUAUAUAUAUCUUGGAAAAGUUGUAAAAUCGAAUUUUCUAUAUGAAUACAAAAAUAUUUUUUUCCCAAAGUGAGCUCAAUCAUCACUGCGUUUGCACAAAAAAAUUAUUUUGUCAGAUUGUUUUCUUUUAAAGAAUUUUACAUGUUUUUUAAUUCAUAACUUUUCCAAGAUAUUUUUGCACCUUACUUUGUGCUCCAAAUUUUUCAUUCCCAUUUGCUGUCUUUAUCUCGCGCCUCUGGAAUGAAUUUGAUUGAUAUAUGACUCGACGAUAUAGGAAGUAUACACAUUUUAUACUUGACAAUUAGCGAUAUACACUGCAUUAUUUCACUCCACGUCGCUUAUACGACAAUCUAAGAUUAAGUUUAGCUCUGGUCGAGCGCUUAUAUUCUCGAUCGUUUUCUCCACGAUUUAUAACAUAAUUUAAUAUAACAAUAAUGACUAAUUAAACAUACAGCAAUGAGGAAAGCGAUAAUGUGAAUGUAAGACCGGCGUCUUAUUUUGUAAAUAGUAACCGUAAAUAAAUCCUUUGGAAAGGCAAAA